CCAAGAGACCAUGGAGUUUGUCGUAAGUCCCGCAGCAGCGAGCCCGCCGAGCAACAGCGUCGAAAACUGUUCCAGUCAAACGCUCGCCAAUAAUCUGGAAACAUAUUUGACGGAGCGACGCCUCAUUCGGCUGGUGAGAAAGAAAUCGGCGCUCUAUAACCGACACCAUCGGCGCUUCAGAGAUGAUGUGUUCAAGGAGAAACUGUGGCAGGACAUUGCACGGAAGAUGUCAGUGGAGAUCAACAAAUGCAUCAGUACUUGGGCAGAGUUGCGCUACAAAUAUCAGUGCCAUGUGCGCCGUCUGCGCAGCUAUCGCCGGCAGGUGCAGAGGUGUCGAAGUCGGGCGCGUGCACGUCCCAUCAUGCUGCACGAGGAGGAACUGAUCUUUCUGUACACGCACGUGGCUCAGUUUCCGCUGCAGUCCGGCAGGCGCGACAGUCGUCCACCAUUGGAUGUAUCAGGUGGGGAUGACGAUGUCACCAUCGUGAAUAUACAGCCAACUAUUAUAGACGUAGACGCAGAAUAUUCGGAUCACUAUAAGAUAAGCCCAGAUCAGCAGCGUCUGAUUGAUGCCGUUCGCGCCUAUCCCCAGCUCUACGACACUGAUCAUGACCACUACGAGAACUAUCAUCAUCGCGGCCUCAUUUGGAGCGCCAUCUCCAAUGAGCUGCGCGAGAAGGCGACCAAGCUGAUGAAGAUCUGGCUGCACCUACACACGCGCUACGAGUGGGAGCUGCUACAUUCCAAUAAUAACAACAACAGCAACAGCAGCGAUAGCUCCCAGUUGUUGACGCAGCUCAACUUUCUCGAACCGCACAUUCGACAAACACCCAACACCGUAUGCAAGCUGUCGCUGUAUUUGAAGGACGGCUGGUUCGAUUCCAUCGAUCACUUUCGCACUAUUGUCAAUCUGAUAAAUGUGCUCAAAACGGUGCCGGAAUUGCCACAAUUGCUAGAUAAUAAUGUGAAUAUGGCCGCACAGGAGACGACCAGCUACAAGGAGCUCUGGUCGCGCGUUGCAGCCGAACUGAAGUGCAGUAGUGAACGCUGCGAGGUCACCUGGCUGGGGCUGCGCAACUUCUACCUGGAGCUGGCCGAAAUGCGCAAAAUUGGCUAUCAGCUGGAGGACAAAUGGUUCUUUGAGAACAUCAUUGACUGCCUCUACAAGCUGCUGGCGUCGCGCUCGGUGCGUCAAAACAAGCCGAGCCCCCCUCUGGGCUCUGCCCCAGACAACAUCCCAGGGACGGCGCAAGAUAGAGGGACUGAGACGACCCCGGCGGUGGCACCGCUGGUGACACCACUGCCUCUGGCCAUUGUCUACCCACCUGCUGCGCGAAAGCCAAACAUCACCAUAUCCGCUAUACCCAAGAAUACCAUUACUGUGAUUCCUAGGCCACCGCCGACUGGCGCACCGACUGCAGCGCCGUCGACUGCAGCGUCGGCGACCGCAGCGCCGCCUGUGGUAACUGUUACCAAGUCCAAAUGCAUGAACAUGCCGUCCAAUCCUCUGGCAUUGCCCAUAGUGGCCACUGUACAGCUGGCCACACGGCCCAGCGUGUCCAAUGCGCCCAGUGGACCCAGUGCGCGACUUAUUCCAUCACGCAGUGGCUUACAGGUGACAGUCAGACCUAAAUCGAGUCUACCUCUGUCGCCGUCCGUUAUUGGCAGCACUAGCACAAACAAUCCCACCGCCAGCACCAUUGGCAGCACCACCAUAAUACGCGCUGUUCCAGCUGUUUUAGCUACUCCAACUAGUCUAGCUGCUCUAACUGCUCCAGCAACUUUAGCUGUUCCAGCGACUCCAACUGUUCUAGCAACUCCAGCAGCACGACCGGCUCUAGCUGCUCCAACUGUUCCAGGGACUUUAACUGUUCCAGCGGCUUCAACUGUUCGAGCUGCGCGAGUACGCGUCACUAUGGCUGAUUCAGUGCCGCCGUCGACUUCAUCCAUGUUCAUCAGUGGCGUCAGCAUUGCCAGCAGAGUGAGCACAGAACCAUCUGAUGUUCCCCCCUUGGUGCCCAGCAAAGCGCCCAGAAUUCCAAGCAAACCGAAAGUGGACGUCAGUGUGGAGAAGACAGUGCCGCCAUCGCAGUCAUCGAUGCCCAGCAAUGUUGUUAAUGUACCCGUCAGCUCAUCAAGAGCGAGAGCAGAACCAUCCGAUGUUCCCCCCUUGGUGCCCAGCAACACCCCCAAGAUACCCAGAAGUCCAAAAGUGGCCAAGACUAACCCGCCGUCCCCCUCAACGAUGCUCAGCAAUGCCAUCAGAUCUGGAGUUUCAGCCUCGGUGUCCAGCGUGAGCACCAACAGCACGGCUAAGGUGGCUUCGGUGUCCCGCAACGCCAGUGAAAUAACUGCAUGCCCAUCAAAUUUGACGCCGUCGGAAGCUGAAAUGAAGGUUGAGAUACGCAACCAUCCGACUAUGGGACCCAUCAUCUAUGCCGAGGGUCCCGCCGUACCCUUUCUACCCAAUCUGACCAUGGCACGCACUGCAUUCUUUAUCCGCGAGGUGAUGGCCAUACCGCAACUGCACAGCACGGUGCCCGAUGUGAUGCUCAAAAGCUCCAUAUACUGGCAGCAUAUAUCCAAAAAGUUUCACAUGCCAGAGCAAAUGUGUCGCGGCAUAUGGCGCUUCUUGGUGGCGAACAUUAGUCUGUUUCCGGAGAUCGCGCCCAUGUCGAAUCUGAUGAGUCCAUUCAAGGGGAGCCUGAAGGUGUGGGAGAAGUCGCAUCGAUUGUUCAGUAAAUUUGAUGAGAUCGCACGUAAAUAUGACUGGAUGCAGCACAAAGACAAGCUGCCGGCCCUGAUGCAUUUCCUCGGCGGGUAUGAGCAUCUCUACUGGGAUCUGCGACGCCCACGGCCGGGAGAGGAUAGUCGGGCAGUACAGCAGCCGCCAAGCUCACAUACCGAACAGGAGCGGCAGGAGGUGUGGCAAUUGGCACGCGAACGUUUUCCACACAUAAAUCAUCGCGAUGUUUGGGCCAUGUUUAAGUUUGCCUUCAAAACGUAUAUGGUGGACUUGGAGCGUGGCAUUGAGAAUCCUUGGCCGCAGAACUGGUGGCAUGCCUUGGAGCAGCUGAAGUUUCUAGUGAACAUGCGCUAUCAUCCCUUGGAGCCCUUCUACUACAUUGUGCACAACAAGUUCAUGGACGAGGUGAAGCGUUGCAGCAUGUACGAAGCGUUAAUGCAAUCAAGUGCUGCCGGCAGUAUGAUUAGGCCGUUGGCCAACAAUUCGGCCAUGCCGUGGGACACGGCCGAGGCCAAGGAGCUGUUUGCCAUGCAGGUGAAGUCAACUAGAGAUAUAGAAGAUUCGUCUGUUUCUAAUAUUGAAGAUUCAACUCAAUUGCAGAAAAAGCAAAGACAGCGAGAACAGCAGCAGCAGAAGGAACAGCAGAAGGAACAGCAGAAGGAACAGCAGCAGCAACAGCAGCAACAGCAGCAGCAACAGCAGCAGAAGGAACAGCAGCAAGUAAAGAAGACACUGCCCACGCCCCAGCAGCUGGCUAUACAGCACCCGGCGAUGACUAAAGUGUGCACGGCCAGCCAGAGUUUGCCCAGCAUCGAUGCGUUUCAGCUGACCCGCCUGAUGCUCUGUUAUCCGCAUACCUACAGUAAAUCCAGCACCAUAGAGAAGCGAAGAGCCUGGCUGAAGGUUGCCCAUGAGCUAAAAGCCUCAGUGACCGAGUGCCGACUGAGCCUGCAGCAUGCGCUGCGCGAGAUGCGGCUGAUAAAGCUGGGCGAUCCGAAAUAUCGCUGCCUGAUGUCGCAUAAGUAUUAUCGCCAUUUGGACGAGAUUUACAAGCAGGUAAAGGCGGGCGGUCCGCUGAUGACGACGCCGAUACCAAAGACCAUAAACCGAAUUGUAUUGGAGUCCACCGACACAGUAUAUCCGGCGCGCUAUUUGCCCGAGAUCAAUAUGGCUGUGUGCAAGCCCAGUCUGGUGGUCAAGAAUUGGGCAUAUGCGGCCAUCAAUUUGCCGUACGCGAAUCAGAGCUCAUUGCGCACACGUCUGAAGCAAAUCUUUGAAAAAUAUGCCAAAUUGGCGGGCAUCAAGUGGCCAGUCCAGUGCAGCAAUGGUGGACCAAAGCUCCGGCCAAAGCGGCAGAGCGUGCAGCAGGAGAAGGAGCAGGAGGAGAGGUCGCUGCAAGAGCAGCCCAAGCCGAAACGACCUAGGUUGGAGUGAAACAUAUAGACUUUACUAUUAAUGCUAAGCAUAGUUAUAUAAGAUAUGUAUGUGAAUAUCAAAUUUUGGGCAUCAUGUUCCAGCCGUUAUUGGAAUACAAUCUCCGCUCAAACUGACAAACUAUCAGGCAUCACAAAAGCCACUUGCAACCUCUGUGAAAUAUAGACGUAUUUUAAAUAUGGAAUAUUGUUGACGAGAGCAGAUA